CCGCCUCCGGCCACAGCUGUCCCCUCGGCCGCCAUGGCGCGGGAUCGACCGGGCCCCACGCCCAGCUGCGCUCCGCUCCCUUCGGACGGGCUCGGUUCCUUCCGGCCGCGCUCGGCUCCUCUUCCGGCCGGCCUGGGCUUCUCCGGUCAUACUCGGGUCUCUCCGGCUCUAUUCGGCUCAUGGCUGCGGCGCUCGGCUCUCUCCGUGCCCCGGCCCGGGGGCUCUUUCCGAAGGCCGCAUUCCGCUUAUCUCGGCCGUGCCCCGCCCCUAUGGGCAAGGACCAAUGGCCUCUCUCUGGGCGGGGCGGCUGUUGGACGGCCUGGGCCAAUCCGGGGCGCCGGGGGCCAAUCCGGUGGCGGAGCGGCGCGUGCGCGGGCGCGGAACGGGCUGGGCGAGGUAGCGUCCCGAAAGACCGGAGAGAAGGAGCCGCGCCUCUGUCCCGUGGGGGCCGGAGGGGCGGUGGUGCGGCGGCUGCAGCUGCAGCUCCGGUGCGAGGGCUUCCUUGCCGGGCCCUCUUCCCCGACCUCUGGGGCGCUCCGACGAGGAAGAGCCGCCCAGCGCGCGUCCGUCCUGAGCGUGGAGGAGUCGCUGAACAGCAGGAUGGAUGGAUGUCAGUCAGCUGUGCCCCUGGCUACCCUCUGCUUGCACAGUGGACUGUCAGUGGAGGCAUCAUGCAGAAGGAACACAGGGUCCCAGGCCAGCAUCACUAUCCAGGCACUUCAAGCAUGCUCCAUGUACCAACGUGGGAUCAUGGAUCACAUUGCCUCAGGCCAAGAAAGCCAUUUUAUAGUGAAAGAGGAGAAGGAGAAGGAGUCUGGAAGGACGCUGACAACGGAUGGUGGUCAGGAAGGAAAAACCGUGGCCCACAGGCCAGAGGAGGAGAGAACUUCAAGGAGGGAUAUUCAGCUUCCUGUGGACCCCCAUUUGUUCAUCCAUACGAUGAUGCUCUGAGGAGCACAGGAGGAAGGUGUAAAUUGGAUAAAAUGUACAUGACGUAAGGAGCAUAAACCCCUCAGGAAAGAGAUGCUGCCUUUUCACUAACGUGUCCCUGAGCUGCACAGAGCAGCCCUGGGGGGACUGGGAGGCCAUGGCCCCUGUGUGAGGAGCAGGGGAAAGGUGAGCCUCAAAUGAUCACCAGCAAACACCAGGGCCUGUGUCUGGGGCUUACACACGGCAUGUGGUCCCCACAGCACCAUUGCUCAGAGGAAGAAUCCAAGAUCUGGAGGGAUUGUGUAAUUUGCCCAUGUUCAACAAGUUGGUGGCAAAAUGAAGAGUGGCUCCCCUCUUUCGGACUUUAA